UUCUUCUUCUGUCUCCUCCCCUGAACCCUGAACCAGCAAGAAAGAUAGAAUGUAUGCGAAUGCUGCAAUUAGGUGCAGACCUUCGCUACACCACCAUUAUCAACAGCAUAAAUCUCUUGUUUGGUUCUCACAACAACUAACCAGCAGUAAUGCUAAUAAACCUCGUAAUUUCUCAACUCAAUCUUCAGUACUUCCUCCUCCUGAUGUUUCUAGAUUAGCUCAAACUGCUCGUAUCUCCCUCACACCAAAUGAAGUUGAGGAGUUUGCUCCUAAAAUUCGACAAGUAAUUGACUGGUUUGGACAACUUCAAGCAGUUGAUCUUCAAAGCAUUGAACCAGCACUUCGCGCAGAUACGGAAGGUGGCAAUUUACGAAAUGAUGUACCCGAAACAUUUGGCAAUAGGGAAGCGAUCUUAUCUGCUGUUCCAAGUUAUGAGGAACCAUACAUCAAAGUUCCCAAAAUCUUGAACAAAGAGUGAUAUUCUGGUUCAAGCAUGAAGAAGAAUGCAGUUCGCAUAUACCAUUCAAUAGCAUUUCUUGUACAUUUGUACCUUUUCAGUUAUGAAGAACAAUUAGUACAGAAAACUGUACUCUAGUAGUCUAGUUGAGUUAUUUAUUUAAUGAGGUAAGAAAAUUAUUGCACAAAAUUGUAUUUUAUUCAGUUGAUUAAGAAAAUUGAUGGGAAACUUCUGUUUUUA